CCCGGUUCUCACAUCAACACGCGUGCGGCCACGGACGGUGUUUAGCUUUUCACCCAAACAGCGGCUCACGCUGUUACACACACACCGAGCACGGUUAACAAAGCCUCGGCCUGAAGCUGUGAGUGCGACGGAGAGUUCCCGCCGCCAUGGGUCCGCCUCGCUCGAAGAAGCGUCGGCCGACGUUCCGCCGCCUGCUGAAGACGAGCGGCGUGAAGCUCGAGAACAAGCUGAAGAACCGUCAGCUGAAGCAGCAGAACGUCGCCAAGAAGCAGCGUAAAGAACAGAAGAGGCUGAGGCAGGCAGUGAAGGACGCUGCCAUCAGGACGCCCCGUCCACUGGAGACGUACAGGAAGAGACCAGAGGAAGAGGAGGAUGAGGAGGAGUUUCUGGAGAGUCUGCCCACAGAUAUGAUGGAGGACGAUGACCUGCAGCAGAUGACCGCCAUGGCUCGACAAGCCUCCUUCAUCACCAGAGACCUGUCGUCAUGCGGGCCGGUGCACGGCGGUAAGAAGCGGAGCUCAGAGGUCGUUCGGAGUUACGAGAAGGUUCCGAGGAAGAUGGCGAGGACAGAGGAGAAGGAGGUCAUCCACCUGCUGCCCAUCAAAGACAAGACGGGAGUCAUCCCACAGAGCGUAGAGAGAGUUGUCAAAGAGCAGCAGGAAGAGGAGGAGGAGGAAGAGGAGGAGGAAGCUGCUGAGGAGCCAGAGGAGUUAGAAAAUGAGGGGGAGCCAGAGAGCGUUGCGGCGCUGACAGCAGAGCAGAGAGAGCAGCUCAGAGUCCAGAAGAUAAACCAGAAGAAGCUGCUCAUCGCCAGUCUGGGAUCAGCCAUUAUCUCAGACCCCUUCAGUAAUAUGAAGCGGGUGAAGGAGCUGCGUGGGAUGCUGAUGGAGUCUGACCCCUGUGUGGCGGUGACGGUCAGGAAGCUGGUGAUGGUUUCUCUGAUGGAGAUCUUUAAAGACAUCGCCCCCACCUACAGGAUACGACCCCUGACCCCUGCGGAGAAGGCCACUAAGGUGAAGAAGGAGACUCAGCAGCUCAGAGAGUUUGAAGAGGGCCUGCUCAGUCAGUACAAGUUCUACCUGGAGGACCUGGAGCAGGUCAUCAAAGACUGGAAGCAGAAGAAGAAGAAGCGCAGCCAGGCGGUGGGUUUCCAGUCGUACCGCAGCCUGGCUGAGGUCGCCGUGCGCUGCCUGUGCGAGCUGCUGCUCGCUCUGCCUCACUUCAACUUCCACAACAACAUCAUCGUCAUCCUCGUCCCGCUGAUGAACGACCCCGCCAAGAAGGUGUCGGACAUGUGUUGUGAUGCAUUCAGGAAGCUCUUCCAGCAGGACAGAGUGGGCGGAGCUUCGUUGGCCACUGUGAGGGUUGUCUCCGGCCUCAUCAAGAGCCUCAAUUACAACGUCAGACCUGAGGUGCUGAGGACGCUGCUGAGUCUGAGGAUUAAAGAGGUCGAGGUGAAGAAGGACAUCGAGGCCACGGCACCAAAGAGGAAGUUCAUGACCAACAAAGAGAAGAAGAAGAACCUGUCGAGGAUGCAGAGGAAGUGGAAGAAGGCGGAGGAGAAGCUGGAGAAGGAGCUGCUGGAGGCCGAAGCCUCCGAGAGCAAAGAGAAGAAGAUCAAGCUGGUUUUCUCUGACGAGAACGAGCCUCACUCUGCUUCCAUCGAGAAAUCAGCGAGCGUCUCUCAGACUUUCAUCAUGGAGGAGAAACGCUGA